AUGGAAAGGGGGAAAGUGAAGAAAGGGAAGGGAAAGGAGACGGACGAGGAGAGACUUAGAGAAAAAGGAAAGGAAGAGAAAAAGAAGGAGAAAGUGAAAGAAAGAGAAAAGGAGAAGGAGAAAGGAAAGAAGAAUAAAGGACAAGAAGAGGGAAAGGAGGAGAAGAGGAGAGAGCAAGGGAAGGAGGCAGAGAAAGAGAAGGAACAGCUGAAGGGAAAAGGAGAGGAAGAGAAGAACGACGACACGAGCGCCUUGGCCAGGACCCUGCUCGAGCCCCCGGAGAAAAAUAAGCAGAUCCUAGUGCUGGGCCUGGAUGGAGCAGGAAAAACCAGUGUCCUCCACUCUCUAGCCUCAAACAAAGUCCAGCACAGUAAGGCACCCACCCACGGUUUCAAUGCAGUAUGCAUCAACACUGAAGACAGCCAGAUGGAGUUCCUGGAGAUUGGUGGCAGCGAACCUUUCCGUUCCUUCUGGGAAAUGUACCUGUCCAAGGGAUUGCUACUGAUCUUUGUGGUGGAUUCAGCAGAUCAUAACCGAUUACCUGAAGCGAAGAAAUACCUUCACCAACUGAUUGGAGCAAACCCAAUCCUUCCUCUGGUUGUGUUUGCAAACAAACAGGAUCUUGAAGCAGCCUAUCACAUUACAGAUAUCCAUGAUGCUUUGGCCUUAUCUGAGGUGGGAAAUGACAGGAAGAUGUUCUUGUUUGGAACCCAUCUGACUAAGAACGGCUCAGAGAUACCCUCCACCAUGCAAGAUGCCAAAGACUUGAUUGCACAGCUGGCUGCCGAUGUGCAGUGACCAACACUAGGUCCACUGUGCAGCUCUCAAUCUAAGUGUCAUCAGGGAGUGUUGAAUGGCAAGCUUGAAGCCAAAGUUUCCACUUUCAAAUAAAAAAUAAGCCACUUUUUAUUUUCUCAAUGCAUGCCAUAUAUACAGUUGGCCCUUUAUAUCCAUGGGUUCUAUGUCUGUGGAUUCAACCAAACACCUAGAAAAUAUUCAGAAAUAUUCAGACACAAUAAAAGAGAACAAUACAACAAUAAAAAGUAAUAUAAAUAAAAAAUACAGUAUAACAGCUAUUUACAUAACAUUUACAUUGUAUUAGGUAUUAUAAUCUAGAAAUGAUUUAAAGUAUAUGGGAGGAUGUGUGUAGGUUAUGUGCAAAUACCAUGUCAUUUUAUAUAAGGGACUUGAGCAUCCACAGAUUUUGAUAUCUGAAGUGGGUCCUGGAACCAAUACCCCGGAUACCGAGGGAUGACUACAAAGAAGGUGCUAAUUUAGUAAGAGCAUCUCUUUAGUUACAUUUGAAAAUGUUUUACAUUGUAAAACUGUGUAUUUGGCGGGGGAUUGGGAUUUUUAAUCAACAAAAGUAAAA